GCCACGUGAAGACCCGAGUAGGCGAGAGUGCAUUAGGAGACGUGAAUCAGUUGAACAGGAUGAAAUAUAGCGGCCUUCGGUGCUCGCCGAGCGAUGGGCCGAUGGCACUGUAGUGCAGUUGUACUUAGAUGGCGUUAAACCUGGUCAUGUGGUCAACCGGUCCGGUCGGAUGCAAUCUUAUAGUACACUAUCGGGAACAUUCUUCUAUUAACAUUACACCGCUGAGCGAAUCCUUAAAGACGUGCAAAGGCCGCAAGCGUUCUCUUCAACAUUUCCUGUUCUUAGUAAUUGUUCAAGCGACUUAAGGCGGGAAUAGGAACUAUACUGCAGCCUUUGCAACCUGUCCGUUGACUAUCUUUCUCCUCGACCCUGAUUUAUCCGUUGUUAGACCAUGCUUAGGCUGCUGCCGCUCGUUGCCUUCAUUCUUUGGCUAUGUGUCAACCUAUCGAAAGGAAGGCUCUAUUUCAGCCCUUCUCAGCUCCCACCAGAGAAGUCCUAUGACUACAUUGUAGUUGGUGGCGGAGCCGGAGGAAGUGUUAUUGCAAACCGCCUAUCUGAGGAAGCUUUCCUGAAGGUCCUCUUGAUUGAAGCAGGUUCAAGCGACUUCAAAAACAUGAACAUUGAAAUACCAUUUUUCGCGCCAAGGCUAGCAGGUUCUCAGUUUGACUGGAAUUUCACAACCAUCAAUCAAUCAAGCCUUAACAAUCGCCCGAUCCCGUAUCCGCGAGGGUUUGUGCUGGGAGGAUCAACAGCUAUCAAUAUUAUGGCUUAUACACGCGGUACAAUUGACGAUUAUGAUCGAUGGGCUAAUGUCACAGGAGAUGAGGGCUGGUCGUGGAAUUCGCUACAGCCUUAUGUGCGAAAGUUGGAAAAACUCGUUCCACCUACCGACCAUCAUAACACUACAGGUGAAAUUGACCCGUGCAUUCACGGGCACGAGGGCCCAGUCCGUAUAAGCCUGACUGGCGUACCUGAACCCACUGAUGAAUGGGUUAUUGCUGCGUCUUCACAGCUUUCGGAUGAAUUUCCGUUUAAUUUGGACUAUAACUCUGGAAACACGAUUGGCAUUAGCUGGAAACAGAAUACGAUCGCACACGGCGAACGAGUAAGCGCAGCGAAAGCGUAUAUUGCGCCUGCACUCUCUCGUCCAAACCUCGACGUUUUGGUCAAUACACACGUUACAAGGGUCCUACAAAUAGGAACAGAAUCUGGAGCUCCCGUCUUCAAAGGUGUUCAAUUCUCUCAAUCAUCCGAAGGUGUUGUAUACGGACUGAAUGCAAGCAGAGAAGUCAUUCUUUCCGCCGGGGCUGUGAAGACACCGCACAUAUUAAUGCUUUCCGGUAUUGGGAACGCUGAGCAUCUCUCGUCGUUUUCCAUUAAACCAAUUGUUGACAUACCAGAUGUUGGAAAUAAUCUUCAAGAUCACCCUGUCGUUACUGCUUCUUUCUCUGUCAAUUCUACAAAUACACUCGACAACUUGACAGAGAAUGCAACAUUUCUUGCACAAGAAGAGGCUCUUUGGUUAAAAAAUAGAUCCGGUUUACUGGGCUGGGUGUCUACGAAUCAAUUCGGAUGGUUUAGGAUACCCGUAAAUUCCUCGAUAUUCGAUAGUGCUACCGAUCCAAGUGCAGGGCCAACAUCGGCUCAUUUCGAGUUUAUUUUCACUAACGGAUUCACGUCAUUCUCCGAACCAUUUCCUGCUUCUGGAGGUCAUUUUUUCACGGUAUUAGUUGCUGUGGUUUCUCCAACGUCUCGUGGAAAUAUAACCCUGGCGUCCUCAAACCCCUUCGAUUCUCCCGUCAUUGACCCUAACCUUUUGGGAACUGCAUUCGAUAUCUUCACUGUGCGUGAAGCUAUCAAGUCUGCGCGCAAAUUCGUUUCCGCUCCUGCAUGGCAGGGUUGGAUUCUUGAAGAGUACGGCGCAUUCUCGGAGGCGCAUACGGACGAGCAGAUUGAAGAGUUUGCAAGGCAGACAGCAAACACAAUCGAUCAUGUCUCUUGCACAGUAGCCAUGGGAAAGACUGGAAGCAGCGGGAGUGGAACCGGUGCACUUAAUUCAGACCUUACAGUGAAAGGAACAGUUGGGUUGAGAGUCGUUGAUGCCUCUGCGUUCCCGUUCAUUAUCUCCGGCCACACACAAGCAGCGGUUUAUAUACUAGCAGAACGCGCUGCAGAUUUGAUCAAACUCUCUCUUCGAGGCGAGUGCAGUGCGUUGACCUUCCCUUCCCUAUUAGCGCUAAGCAUAAAUUUCUUACCGCAAAUAUUUUUAGGUGGCGACGACAAUGCUCCAGUUAAAUUUUGA